GUGUUGUAUAACGAAAUGGUUUUUGUGUGGUUUGAUAAACAGGACAAUCCUUACCUUCAACUGCAAGUUGAUGAAGUUUCAGGAGCAACUGACUAUUACCUCAAUCCAUGUGAUUCAAACAUGAGAAAUAGAAAAACAGUUGACGGUUAUGAAGAGGCUCUUCCUUCGCCUGUUACACAGUCAUCAACAAAUUAUAAUUCUCCUCUGCCAACUAUUCCACCGAGUGAACCAGAAUCUCCAGGCUACACAAUGCCAAACUCACCGCUUCCAAGUAUUCCACCGACGUACGAAGAAGCUACCCAAAAAUCACACGCGAAUCCUGAAUACAGAAACGCUAGUGAGAGCAGCAAUGAAAGUGGUAUUGACAUCGACGAGAAGGAUAAAGACAGAGACGCUGAAGAAAAUGAACCACUGUUAGUACAGYUUGGUUAUGAUGAGCCUACUUUUUCACCCUCGACAAAAGGCAAGAAGGGAAAACGGGAUAUCGAAUCAUCGGUGUAGAUCAGGGAGGAGUCAACACGAACGUAAUAGAAAAGAAACGUGUCCUGUUUCUUAAUGCAACGACACCGAUUCCGGUUGAUCCGAAAAGACCUACAAACCAUGAAAUGUUUUUGUACAAGGCUGAACCAGACCUCAACAUUAUAGUGGGUAAUGUUUAGACAAUGCUAUAGCGCUUACAGGCGAUUGGAUUAGGAAUGAAGAGUAACAGUAUAUCAACACUUCCUUCACACCGAAACGUGGAUGUUACUUGGCUUAUAGACUUGAUGUACACACACAAGGAAGCGGCUGGGAAAGCAACAUUCUCUUAGUUAACCACUUGACUGACAGUAAAGUUUCUCGCAUGAGAUCAAAAACGUCAGCAAUCAGGAGCAAGUGUUCCCUGCUGGCAGACUCUUUUUUUUUUUUUUUUUCGGGGAGAAAAAAGUCUCCUUUUCCUCACGAAUACCGAUCCAGCAAAAGAAAAAGAAAAGAAGACUGUCAGCAGUCAGGGGCAAAUGGUCGUUUAUCUUGUCUGUAAACUAACCAGCCCUACUAAAGAGGAACCAGAACCAUAAAAAUAUGAAAUAUCCAAGUGUUAGAAAGGUUAAAAUGUAUAGCCCAUAGUAUACAUAUUUAAAAAAUGUACAAUUGAUGUUUUCGGGAAAAAAGUAGUACCCCCUAGUUGGCCAUGUGCCUGAGACUCGAAUUCGUAGGAUGGUUUUUCCCCAGGGGGUGUACUCAGGUGGGUAACAUGACGGGGGGGGGGGGCGGAGCUUCAUAUUGCAACCCCAAAAAAAUACUCAAACCUGAAAUUUUACACCCAAAAAAAUACAUGGCAUCCAAAUUUCUGGCCCAAAAAAAUACAAUACUUAAAUACUUCAAAACUGAUUUAUUGAAUUCAACAGGCUCUUCAAAUAAUUUUCUGAUACRAAAAUCGAACUCGGAGAUGUGACGACCCAAAAAAAUACGGGUUUCAUUUCGAGACCUAAAAAAAUACGAGGGUGGUCUCUUGACCCAAAAAAAUACCGGGAACGAAAACUGUCAACCCAAAAAAAUACUUCGGACCUUCCCGUCAUGUUACCCACCCGAGUACACCUCCUGGGGGUUUUUCGUCAGAAAAAGAAAUCUAGUUUCUAAGGAUUUUUUCUUCCAAGGUACGAGAAACCAUCUCUGUUUUCUCAGCAGUAUUUAUUGAUAUAAUAUAUUUCUUUUGCAAA